AUGUGUCUCUCCCUUUCGAAUAGAUCACCGUUAAUUGAGAAAACAGGUCAUCGCGGGAUUUUUGGGCACAGCAUGUCAAUCGUGGCCAUGUGUGACAUCCAGAUUCUAACGGGACUCGGAAUCCUUAUCAGCGCCUAUGCAAAUUUGUGCAAAGGGAUCUCGGCCUACCACUUCUUGGUGAUAGGACACGUCGCAUGGUUUUCCAAUCUUACCCACAUCGCUGGUCUCACGGUCCUCCGCCGCUACCUCUUCCUUCACCCAGUCGAGAAAUGGGUCCGACUUUUCCUCAUGAUAACUUUAACCAUCAUGCUACUCGUGGCUAUGGGUCCAACAGUCUUUUUUGAUUGGGCGCAGACGGAUGGGUUUUCAAGCACUCCCGGUACGGAUGCUGUCUACUGGCUGCUUGUCUCUGGGAUCUGGGGCACAAUUAAGCUGCUCCAGGCAAGAUCUUCAGCCGAGGUUGAGGAAAACGACUGGUCUUUCGGUCAGAUUCUUCCGAUCUUUCUUCUUCUUGGGCCACUCGUUACUAUAUUCCAACUUUUCUUUGAACACGACCCAGAACUACCACUGCCACACCGAACGACCUUCUAUGAGCUACAGGAUUGCUAUCCCAUGGACGCACAUAUCCAUUCCGUGGAUUUAGAAGAUGAACCAAUGAACCCGGCUUCUGUAUCAGACGAAAUGUUUGACUUCCGUUACCGGCUUGCUCAUUCGAUCAAUCGCAACUAUUACGAUGUUACGACAUGUCCAUGGAUUGCUCCAGCUAUUGUUCUCUUGGGUCUUCAAGUUGUUAUGGUAACGCUGAUGCUCCUCAUAUUUGCCGUUCUUCGGGAAGGGCGCAUCAGCGCGCCAAUUUUGUUCCAGGCUUACUCCUUUGUCCUUUGCGUUGAAUACCCGUCGGCUUGCUUUAUCUUCAUUUUUUUGAGCAUCUUGUACGAAAAGUAUGCCCCUCUAGGAGCUCCGAAACUGGGAUAUUGGAUCGUGAUGUUGGUUCUACUUGGUUACUCAUUGUUCCCCGUACUGGUUAUCUUCGAUAUUCCGGUUCGCCGUGAUCAUAAGGCAUUGGGUGGUGUUCUUGGAGUGGGCGAUUCAGUGUCCUUCAAAGGUUUCAUGGUAAGGGGUGCCCUUGCUGUUGCUGGCGUGUUGCCACUUGACUUGAUAGAAGGUUAUCGGGGAAAAUUGUCAAUGGAGAUGGGCUAUUUCGGAGCAACAGGCUUUCUUACCCAGAAGUUUUACACAUAUUACAACACUAGUAUGAUUGCAAUGUGGGCCUCUGUCGGAUAA